GAACUCGCGUUCAGUCAAACUCCUCUCGCUCGACCCUCAGGCUUGCAUCUACUCGUCGGUUACUCCUCGCUUCUGCGAAAGAGUCUCCUCGGUGUUUCCCCGUGUAGUAUCGACUUCUCGCAACGCAUGCCUGAUCAACAGUUGUUGAUCCAUGGAAUUUGGCGUGCGGGGGAGCUACCCGAACAGGCAAUUACAUACAUCUACGCAGAAAGGUUGUCCACUGCAGUUGCUCUGUACAUGUGCAGGGGGAGAAAAGCUGGGAGCUACUCGAAGUAUUCGAGAGUCGGAUACAAGUCGGAAACUUCCGAUAUUCGGAAUGCAAUCGAGAGAAGUCAGGAAAACAGGCAUGUUGAUUAGCAUGUCCAGCCACUGGCAUCAUCUAGUUGUCAAUACAGCGUCGCAAACUCUCUCAAAGAGAACCAGAUGCGGCAAGCGGGAAUGCGGAAGGGUCAAGGACGAAGAAACGAAUAAAGUUGACCGUCAAAUUCGGCGACAUUAUCUCACGAGUUUACGCAUUACACGAACCGUGUCGAGAAUUCUGCAAGGCGUCAGUCUUUAUCAGAGAAGACCCGAAAAUGUGACUAUAAGUAUGCCAUGGGCAGAAGGUGCUGAGGGCCGACGCAGCUUGCAAUAUUCCGGAGAACACGGGCAGUCGCGGUCAACGACCUAUAUAGAAGCCAAUACCCGAAGAUCAACACACGCCUUCAACAAUAACUUCAGUUAUUGGACCGCUGCAAGAGGCUGUGAUGACAUGGGAUUCAUGGCAACAUGCUACGAAACCAGACAAAUUUAGCUGGCGCAAGGUGAUCUUUACGGAGUAGCUCCGCGGGGUAUCUCAAGCGAAGCG